UGUUGUGUUGUGUUGUGACGUUUUGUAAAGAAAACUCGAUUUUGUUUCAACAAGCUAGCAUUUAAAUAAUGGAAGGGUCCAACUUGUGCCUCAUCUGACUCUUUGAAAAAUCCAACUUUUCGAAAGUUUUGAACAAACGCUGUAGAGUCGAUAUUUAUCACGAAAAAGAAAAAGGCGAUCCAAAAAAAAAAAAAAAGUUAUUUCUGUCUGGAAGCAAGCAUGCUUUUGAUUAAAUACAGUCGUAUUCAUCAACGUUUGCUAUCUAGGAAUACGUAUUUAUACUUUCUAAGGGACAAUGUAUUUAUACCAUUUUCUGCGUGUGCAGUAUGGAUGGAAGCAUUGCCUGGACAAAGCUACCGAAGUGACUAUGCAAGUCGCGAUUGUAUGUUCAAACGUACCCAUGCGCACUCUGAUAAAAAAAAAUUCUGUUGUACCUCAUGAAUGGCAACUGCAUAUGACCCAUUUUCUUGGAAUGGACGAAAAAGUCAAUGCACAAUGUGGGUUGCACAACGAUAGAGGCAUUUGUCCGUGUGUCCUUUUUUUAAUUGUUGAUAAAAGAGAUCAGGCCUCUCUCUCUAGUGAAAUAAUCAACAGCUUUGUUCUCUUUCCUUUCAUUCAUUCAUUCCUCGUUUUGAUGUUGAUAAAUAAGCACUCCUUUUUUUUCUUUCUAGCUGCCACUCGUUUCCUGUCAAGUGUCACAUGUCAGCAACAACAAGACACUGAUACGAGUACGUUUGACCAACGUGUCGAUCGCUAUGAUUUCAAGACGACGAUAACUGCAGACAUGCAUGACGGAUUCACCAUUGAAUAUAAAAAUUACUAUAAAAUUGUGACCAAUACCAUCACCUCCAAGGUGUAUUGUCUCGUGGGCUUUGAUCAAUCCACACCGGAAGAAUGUGCCUCUUUUACGAGCGUUUCUAUUCCUGUCCAAAACAUCAGCGUCGAGACAGAUACGUAUGCUGUGAUUCCCUUUCUUGAGUUGUUGGAUUUACGAAACACGAUUAUUAAAACCGAUACGACGAAUAUCACCUCACCCUGUAUGGUGGAUAGCAGCCACAGCCUCGAUACCACGGCGACGACGGUACCGGACAUGGUGUUUUCUCAACAAGAUGUGUAUGGAGCCAAGUACGUCAGCUUUUCCGGGCAUGACGAUAGGCUUUCACCGCUUCAGAAAGCCAGCUGGUUGAUGUACGUGGCGGCGUUUUUUGAUGUGGAGGUCAAGGCGUAUUCGAUCUAUCAUCAAUUGGCCAACAAUUACCAUUGCCACCGAGACAAUGUGUUGGGUUUGAUGCAGUCGACGGACAAGGCGGCUGUGCCUGUGGCAUGGACAGACUAUGCGCCUUCUCGUUCUGUGUACACGGUGCACAGUGACGCUUACUACCAGCAGUUGGUGCAAGAUGCGGGGGGCCGUCUGGUGGCUACGAAUGCAGCACAAGACGAUACCUUCAACGCCAAGGAGACGAGGGAUCGACUUGGGCUGGCGAUUGCGCUACGAGGGGCGGAGGUCAUUGUGGACCAGAGUGCUGUCCGUGUGGACUAUUCGGCUUGGGUCGCUGGCAAUGCCGAGUUUUUUUCACAGAGCGAUCGUCCUCCCAUUCAAACAAUAGCGGCUAUUACCAACAAGCAAGUGUAUACAGUCCAUCGAUUACAGAAAAAUGGAAAUUCAGACUGGUAUCAAAGGUCCCACGCACGUCCUGAUGUGGCCUUGCUGGACAUGAUCCAUUGGCUACAUCCUGAGUAUGUGAUAGAGACAACACAGACAUUUCCUGUAUGGAUCACGGGCUUCGAGGGAAGGACAGCGGUGACAGAGAAAGACGAGGGUAGCUGCCAUAACCGUAUGAUGGCCUCUGUUGCUUUUGACCAAUCCAGAUGCACGAUUCAAAGCAAUGCCAACCGCCGGACGAUGGUGCGCAAAGCGGGCAGCAGUGUGAGUGCGAAAGCAGGCAUCUCUGUAGGGUCGAUUGUGUUUGGAUUCUUUUGUAUCGUGGUGGGCAUUUGGCUCUUCCGCCGAUAUCGACGCAGACAAAAAAGACAUGCAUUCUAUCAAAUGCACGAGUUUUAGAUGGAUAAGAAAGAGAAUCACACAUUUAUUAUAUUAUAUAUUAUUCAUCAAAUAACACUUAUUAAUUUAUUUAUUUCAAAUUCUUUUUUUUUUUUUUGGAUUUUUUUUU